UUUCCAGCAACGCCGCGUUCAAAGGUAACUGUAAUUUUCCACUUCGCGCUGUUUGUGAAUAAUGAAAGCCAAACGCGCACUGCUCUGUGUUCUGAACACGUGCGGUUAGACAGCGUUCAGAGCGGGGAAGUGCAGCUCACACGUGACUCAACACAAUGGACAAAGACGCUGUUCUGACUUACAUCCUGGAGCCGGGGGACAUGCCAACUCUUCUCAGAGGAGAGCUGCCUGUCAGCGUGAUAAGCAGCAAUAGGUACAUAUCCCAGUCGACUCCUGCAGCUCAGCUGACGGACCGACAUGUGGAGGACAAGCCGCCCUCCCUCGAUCACACCAUCAGCACCGCUCUGUCUGGUGGAGCCAGAGCUGUGAUCCUGAUGGGCAGAGAAGGAUCCGGUAAAACCACAGCAUUGGAGAAGCUGGUUGUGGACUGGGCCAAAGGAGAACUCCUUCAAAACUUUUCUCACGUUUCCUAUUUCCGGCUGACGGAGGUCAAUUCUCUUGAAGGCGAGCUGUCGUUGGAGACUUUAAUGCAACACCACCACAGUCAUAUUCCUCCCGAGUCCAUGCACCUGGUUCUGCAGAAGCCUGAGGGUGUGCUGUUUGUUUUUGAUGAUCUGGAUCAAUACAAACCCUCCCUGGACGCCUCCGUCCACAACCUCUGCACUGACCCUGGCCAGGCAGCCUCCGUGUCCUGCUUGCUAUCCAGUCUGCUCCAUGGAUCACUGCUGAAAGGAGCUGCUUUUGUGGUGGCGACCAGGCCGACAGGACGGCUGAAGUUCCUGGAUGGAACCUGGGUGGAAGUUUUGGGGUUUGUGAAGCCCCAGAGAGAGGCUUACUUCCACGUGUACUUUUCUGACCAGGCUACUGCCAAUAAAGCACUAAUACACAUGGAAAGGACUCUGGGUUUCUAUGAUUUCUGCAGCUCUCCUAGAUUUUGUUGGACAGUUUGUUCUAUUUAUAAAACUCUGAUGGAUGCUGGAGCAGAACUUCCUGAGACCUUGUCUCAGCUGUAUGUAGACAUCCUGGUUCACCUGGUUCAGGCGCUGUCGCUGAACGAGGCCAGCAGCAGAGAACUGGUGCUGGCCCUCGGCAGGAUGGCCUCUCAUCGCUCUCUUGACCAGCACCCAAGCUGCACCAGAGAGAAACUUGAUUCCUUUGGUUUGCAACCCUUUUUCAGCUCAGUUGGUGCUUUCUUGCAAGUAGACGGUGAGCUGGACUCGGAUGCAUGUGUUUUCUCUUUCGCCUCCCAGCUGACGCAAGAGUUCAUCAUGGCCGUGUCUUUCUUUUUGGACAAGUCGGCAUCUGAGGGCGUCGGGAAGAUGCUGGAAGAGCACAAAGGUCAUGCAAAGUUUCUGGAACUCUUCUUGUCGGGGCUCUCAGAGCCAACUCAGCGCAGACCCCUGGAGACCCUGCUGGGGGAGUUUAACUCAGGUCGUAUCACGGACUUCAAAUGUGGGUUUAAAAGCAGCUCAGAGGAGACACUGAAGGGAUGGUCCAAAGAUGAGCACCACAGAUGCUUCCAUCUACUUCAUCAAGCCCAAAAUAAGAGUUUGGUGAAAGAGAUCAUCACCCCGUCGGCACGAACGGGCAUCAGCUACGGCGACCUGAGCCUCCGGGACUGUGUAGCUCUGAACUACGUUGUCUCGUGCCUCGGUGAAAUGGAGCUGUUGAAUCUGUACAGGACAAGGGAUUUGACAGAGGAGAAAGCAGAAUUCCUGGCUCCAGCAAUGAGCUUAUCCCAUAAGAUACUCUUGUCCAACAGCUCCUUGAGUCCUGGGGCUGUCCCUCAUCUGGCUUCCGCUCUCAGCAGUGGACUCACCGCGGAGCUGGAUCUGUCUCAUUCUCACCUCGGAGACGAAAGGUUGAAAGCUCUCUGUGCUGGACUCAGAGACUGCAAGCUGCAUACUUUAAAACUUGGAUCAUGCAGACUGACUGAGGCAAGCUGUGAAGAUCUGGUGUCUGCGCUGACCUCGGGCUCCUCUCAGCUGUGUGUGUUAGACAUAAUGUUUAAUAAGAUCGGUGACCAGGGCUUCGUGAAACUGUGCAGAGCCCUGCAAAGUCCUCAGUGCAAACUACAGGAGCUUCAGCUACAGGGCUGUGAUUUGACUGCAGCGUCCAUGGAGGUGUUAUCAGCGGCUCUGUGUCGUGGAAAAUCAGAACUGAGGAGAGUGAACCUGACACUGAACAGAAUUGGUGACAUUGGAGUGGAGGCUUUGUGCAAGGGGCUGCAACACGCGCUUUGUAAACUUCAGAGCCUCACUCUGUUUGAUUGUGAGCUGACAGCUGCGUGCUGUCCUCGCCUGAUGGCGUCCUUGAUGUCGCAGCACUGCCGUCUGUCAGAGCUGGAUCUGUCGGUGAACGAUUUGGGCCAGGAGGGGGCGCUGUUGCUCUGCCAAGCCCUCAGUCGUCCUGGAUGUCGAGUGGAAAAACUGGUGUUGAAACGAUGCGAGUUAACCCAGCCGGUCUUCAAGGAACUGGGCUCGUUGCUGAGAAGAGGGACUUCACGACUCAAGUCCCUGACAGUGGGUUUAAAUAAAGUGGGAGACCAGGGGGUUAAACAUCUCUGGGAGGCUGUUGCACAUCCAAGCUGCCUGCUGGAGGAACUGGAUGUCGAAAUGACAAAUUUGACUGAUGCCUGUGUUGAGGACCUGUGCGCUGCUGUGAGAGCCAGCAAGACUCUGAAGAACCUGGAGCUGAGAAACAACUCUCUGACCGACACUUCGGUCCCGGCCCUUAUCCAGGUCAUGGAGGACAGCUCCAACAUGCUGGAGAUGAACCUGAAGUAUAACGACAUCUCAGAGGAGGUUUUCGACAUGUUGAGCGAGUGCGAUAAAAUGAGAUUCUGAAGAAGGCGGAUAGAUUCGUCCAUCUGUGACUGCAACAGGGUCACAUACUGUAAUUACUUCUGCUAUGUGAUUAUUACAGCUGAUGCACCGGAUGUCUUAUGUGAAAGUAGAUUAGACAUAUUCCGGUUUUUCGGAUAGUCAGUUGGACAAAACAAGAAAUACGAUAGAUAGUUUUUAGUCCAUGAAUCAUUAAAACAGAAGAAUUUUUUUUUCUAAAAUCUGGCAAUUUAAGCCGUUUUGCCUGUUUGAUAAAUUUUCAUGUACUUUCAUGAUUCUUGCACUUUUUGGGUAAUAUCUUCAUGCUUGAAUGCACAUUGUAAGUUCGGACAAAAGCUUCAGCUAAAUGAAGGCCAUGUAAAGCAUAGCGUUAAUGAUUAAUCAAGAAAAUAAUCAGCCCGUUCAUCAAUAAUGAAUAUUAAUCGUUUGGUUGCAGUCCUACUCAUUAUACAGUCAAGUUCACUGCACUGUACAAAACAGAAUAAAAGUCCUUCAACACUU